AUGGCUGCUGUUCCGCCAUCCCUCACAAACUACACUCCUUCACACAGCGGCUCCCCCUCUCGACACCUCUCCCAAUACUCUGCCUCAUCCACGGUCGCCGGCACUCCUCUCCCAGACCGCACGUCCGGCACUCCCACCAGCAUCACAUCUACAUCGACCUUACGUUACCCGUCAACCCGCAAAACCAUCUAUGACCGCAACCUCAACCGCUCUCGGAAUGCCGAAUUGUCGCGAGCCAGCUUCGCCUACCUGUUCAUGGAGAUGGUCGCGUAUGCGCACAAGAGGGUGAAGGGGAUACAGGAUUUUGAGAAAAGACUGAACGAGCAAGGCUAUCCGUUGGGGUUGAAGCUACUGGAUCUGCUACUUUACCGGGCGUCACCGCUGGGAGGGUCGAGUUCGUCAAGUGGAGGGUCGUCGAGUGGCAGUUCCGGAGCGGGAGCGAGUCGACCGCUACGGCUGUUGCCUCUCUUGACGCUGUUGACGACCAAGCUUUAUCCCUUGCUGUUCUCCCGUCCCGCCGACUCGCUCGAACAGUCCACGACGAAUCCCGGAGAAUACAUGAUCAUAGACAACACCCCGCUCACGAACCAGUACAUCUCAGUCCCCAAGGAGAUGUCCCAACUGAGUGUGGCGGCGUACAUUGCGGGAAUCAUCGAGGGGGUAUGCGACGGUGCGGGCUUCUCUUGUAAGGCCAGUGCGCACAAUACCGGCACGGAAGUGUGGCCCAAUCGGACGGUAUUUCUGAUCAAGUUUGAUGAAAGUGUGAUGGAACGGGAGAAGGAGUUGGAGAGGCAGGGUGUCAAGUGA